AUGUUAACAUUGCAUAUAUUGUCAUUUGUCGUUGCACAACUUCUUUCCAACCAAGUACAAUCAUGUCCAUUGGCUUGUUUCUGUUAUGGGAGAAGAGUUCACUGCGGGAAGAAGGUAUCAUUAACAAAAUCUGAUUUAGAAAGAAUUGGACAGACCAUAUCAAGAAAUAUCACAACGUUCGUAUUGGAAAACUAUAACGAAGAUACUAUUAUCCUGAAAUCAUUUCCCGUUUUACCCACAGUAAAAGAAUUUAUUAUAGAAAACAGCAAUUUGUCUGAAAUACCUAAAAACCUGUAUACUAAGAUGCCAUUGCUGACUUUUUUUGGCUCGAGAAAUAACAAAAUUAAUAUUCUGAAGAAAGAGCAAUUUCUAGGUUUUAGCAAAUUAGUUAAUAUAACUAUACAAGGCGAGUUAAAGAUUAUUGAAGGCGGUGCUUUCUCCCAGCUACCAAACUUGAAGAAGCUAGAACUAUCCAAAAAUAAACUUACAGUAUUAACCUCUAGAUCAUUUUCGAAUCUCGAAAAUUUAGAAUUUCUCUAUCUUCGUCAAAACCACAUAUCAACAAUCCAAGAUUCUGCAUUUUUUAAUCUGAAAAAACUAACUGUAUUGAAUUUGUUUGGAAAUAAAAUAAAACAUAUAUCAACAAGAACAUUUGAUGGUUCCACAAAAUUACAGCAUCUCCAAUUGGCAGGAAAUCCUUUGAAACGUAGACAAGAAUAUAAGAUUAUCAGGGCGUUGCCAUUUUCCAGAAAGGGCGUAUGCUGCACAAAAGAGUAUGUUGGUGAGAAAUGUCAAACGAAGAUAGGUACAAUGUCAAUCAAUGGAAAGUCCAAAGUUAUAAUACCAUUAGUUGGAUCAUUUUUAGCACUACUGCAACGAAUCUUUGGUAACACGGAGAGACUUCGAAAGCAAAACGAUGACAGUUGUUUUAGCGUGUAUUUUGCAAAAUUAUUAUGA